AUGGCAGAAACUAUGUCUAGCUUCUGGGGUCCAGUUACAUCCACCAAAGAGUGCUGUGAAGAAAAUUAUAUACAUUCGUCUUACAUUGCAGAACUUUAUAACACUAUAUCCAACAUUCCGACAAUUAUUUUGGCUCUGAUUGGUCUUAUAAAUGCUCUAAGACAACGAUUUGAGAAAAGGUUCAGUGUCCUGCAUUUGUCAAACAUGACACUUGCCAUUGGAAGCAUGUUGUACCAUGCCACACUGCAACAUCUGCAACAACAAGGGGAUGAAACUCCUAUGGUAUGGGAGGUGCUUCUAUACAUGUACAUCCUCUACUCUCCAGAUUGGCACUAUCGCAGUACAAUGCCUAUCUUCCUAUUUCUGUAUGGUGCUGGUUUUGCAAUUGCCCAUAACGUGUUCCGUUUUGGUGUCGGCUUCAAAGUGCAUUAUAUAAUUCUGUGUCUGCUGUGUACUCCAAGAAUGUACAAGUAUUACAUUCACACUCAAGAUGUCUUAGCCAAGCGGCUAGCUAAGCUAUUUUUAGGUACUCUUAUAUUAGGAAGUUUGUUUGGGUUUUGUGAUCGUGUUUUCUGCGACGAGAUAUUGGGUUGGCGUAUUAAUCCUCAGGGUCAUGCUUUGUGGCAUGUCUUCAUGGGUUUCAAUUCCUACUUUGCAAACACAUUCUUGAUGUUUUGCCGUGCUCAACAGCGCGAGUGGUCUCCGAAAGUUGUUUAUUUAAUGGGUGUUUUACCAUAUGUGAAGAUUGAGAAACCAAAGAGCCAGUGA